AUGAAGGAGAAGUCCAAAAAGCAGGUCAGGCUCCCCGGGCUGAGCCACGCCGUCCUGGAAGCACUCGUGAACUACGCGUACACGGCACAGAUCCAGAUAACGGAGAGGAACGUGCAGAGCCUGCUGGAGGCUGCGGAUUUGCUGCAGUUCGUGGCGGUGAAGAAAGCCUGCGAGCGGUUCCUGGUUAGGCGCUUGGACACAGACAACUGCAUCGGGAUGCACUCCUUUGCCGAGUACCACCACUGCUCUGAGCUGGAGAAGGAGUCGCGGCGGAUACUGCUGGGGCAGUUCGAGGACGUGUGGAAGCAGGAGGAAUUUCUGGAGGUGGGCAAGGAGCAGCUCUUCUUUAUUCUCUCCCGAGAGAACCUCAACGUUUGGCAAGAAAAGACAGCCAUCGAUGCCGUCGUUAAGUGGGUUGCGCACAACGUGGAAGAAAGAAUCGAGUACAUCUAUGAACUGCUGAGCUGCGUCAAAAUAGAUUUGGAUAACGCGUAUUUAAGAUCAGCUCUAAGCAUACAGAAAAAAUGCCGACUAAAUGAUAGUAAGAUCAGGGCACUCGUAUACAAUGCGCUAAACCCCAACUGCAAAGGCGUUCCCAAAAGGCCCACGGCAGUCAUGUAUGUGAUCGGAGGAUAUUACUGGCACCCCCUGUCAGAAGUGCACGUUUGGGACCCUUUAACCAAUGCCUGGGUCCAGGGGACGGACAUGCCAGAUCACACCAGGGAGAGCUACGGGGUCACCAACUUGGGCCCCAACAUUUAUGUGACGGGAGGUUACAGAACCGAGAGCAUUGAGGCCCUCGACACCGUGUGGAUUUAUAACAGCGAGCAAGAUGAGUGGACAGAAGGCUGCCCCAUGCUUGAUGCCAGAUACUAUCACUGCGCCGUGUCUCUGGGGGGCUGCAUCUACGCGCUGGGGGGCUACAGGAAGGGAGCUCCGGUGCAAGAAGCCGAGUUCUAUGAUCCUUUAAAAAAGAAAUGGGUUCCCAUUGCAAACAUGAUCAAAGGAGUUGGAAACGCCACCGCCUGCGUCUUGCAUGAAAUCAUCUACGUGACUGGAGGUCACUACGGGUACAGGGGAAGCUGCACCUAUGAUAAGAUCCAGAGGUACCAUUCAGGCAGCAAUGAGUGGAGUAUAGUCGCCACAAGUCCCCAUCCAGAAUAUGGAUUGUGUUCAAUUACCUUACAAAACAAGAUCUAUUUUGUGGGUGGACAGACCACGAUCACGGACUGCUAUGACCCUGAGCAGAACGAAUGGAAGCAGAUGGCUCCCAUGCUGGAGAGGAGGAUGGAGUGUGGCGCGGUGGUUCUGAACGGAUGCAUCUAUGUAACGGGAGGAUAUUCCUAUUCGAAAGGAACGUACCUACAGAGUAUUGAGAAAUACAACCCUGAACUUAAUAAAUGGGAAGCAGUAGGUAACCUCCCCAGUCCUAUGCGGUCACAUGGCUGUGUCUGUGUGUAUAAUGUCUAA